AAGCGAAAACGAUGACGUCAGAUCUCCCCAAAGCAACCCUAGCAGCCCCAGAAAUUACGUCAACGACCGAACAACAACAAAAUCUACAGCAGCUGUGAGCGAACCCUGACCGUGACUAGACGGUAUUGUUUUUGUAUGUCGUGUUAGGACAGAAACGACACUGUUGAUACCAAAGAGGCGGGGCGCACGGUCAUAGGCAUAGGGAAGGGAUUCUCUCUGGAGCUCAGGUGGGGCGAUGGCGGAAUCUAGGAAAGAGCUGUCAACCGGUUCCCGACAUCCAUCAGUUGGCUCGCCCUUAUGUCGCAUCUCCAUCGUGAUAAAUUGGAAGAGACCGCUUUGGACCUCCUCAGUCUUUGUUGUCACCAAUUCAGUUUUCUGGUUUGUGACCCUUAGUCCCUGCAGAGUGUUCAGCCUCAUGUGCUUGAGCUUGGCUCUGAUGGUUAUCAUACGGUUUGUGCGGGAUCUGUGCCGGACCAGAUCCAAAGGAACUCAUUUAUGGCACAGUAUGACUGGAAGGUAAGUUCAGGAUGUUUAAUAUUAUUAUAGCCUACAGCUCUCUUGGUAGACCCCAUGGAACCACUGAUUCAGGGAAGCUGUAAACCUUUGCUGCAAUACAGUUGUUGUAAGUAAUAUUUCACCAUCAGUAUAACUAUAUUCAGUAAUCAGGAAAUUCCCAGACAGUUUUGUGUAUGCAGGGUACAUUUAAUGAAUGCCGGUACACUUAUACAGUGGCUAGCACAAGACCUGCUAUUAAUGCUUUCAUCAGGUUUAAGGCAAAGGUCACCACAAACCAGAAACAAAAGCCUAUUUCCACAGGUAGAGAACAACAUGAAUGUUGGACACUUUAAGUUUUGUCCACUAGAUGGUGCUAAAUGUUUUUCUCUCUCAUAAGGUCCAGGUACACUUC